AUGUUUCUUGAAACUGUUGCACAUGACGAAGUCCAACGAACAAUUGCAACACAUUAUCAACGCAAUCAAGAGAUAGUAAAUCGAAAGUUUCAUGAAGUUUUGGAUGCACUGGUUCGCAUGUCUCAAGAUAUUAUAAAGCCUGAAGAAAACGAACUCCGACAGGUAAAUCCCAUUCUGUCAGCUGAUAGAAGGUAUUAUCCUUUUUUUAGUGGUUGCAUAGGAGCUCUUGAUGGUACACAUGUGGCGGUAAGAGUUGGAGGUGAUAAGAAAGAGAAGUAUUGGAACUUACGUAAGCAACAUCCUACCAUGAACGUGCUUGCGAUUUGUAACUUCAAAAUGGAGUUUAUAUAUACAUAUGUGGGAACACCAGGAAGGGCACACGAUUCGAAGAUAUUGACAUAUUGUGCACAAAACGAUGAAUAUUUUCCAACUCCACCUGAAGGAAGAUAUUUUCUCGUUGAUUCAGGAUAUCCUAAUAGAAAAGGAUAUCUUUCUCUGUAUCGUCGAACCCGAUAUCAUCCGCAUCAAUGGCGAGGAGGACCACCUACAAAUGAGAAUAAAAUGUUUAAUAAAUGUCAUUCCUCUCUGCGUUCUGUUGUUGAGCGAACAUUCGGUGUAUGGAAAGGAAAGUUUGCUAUCAUCCGGAAUCCAGCACGCUAUGAUCUUCAAACGCAUUGUAAGAUUGUUGUAGCGACUAUGACAUUGCAUAACUUCAUACGAAGAUCAUUAAGAGUUGAUAAAGAUUUUCAAGAGUACGAGCAAAUGGAAAAGGAAGAAUUGGAUUUCUCAGAUUCUGAUGAUGUUGAUGUUGAAACUCAAAGAAGGAGUUACAUACCUACAGGUGAUGCAUAUAUGGAGGGUAUUCGAAACAGCAUUGCAAAGCAUAUAUGGAGAGCUCGUAGAUGA